CUGGCCGCCCCAAGUCCUCGUGGGCGACCAUGCUACUGCAGCGCGCCACCUCCGCCAGAGCUGCUCGCCGCGUCGUCAGCGGCGCGGCACGGCUGCGCGCGCAGUGCUACUCUACCUCGCUCGCGGACGUCGAGCUGGCCGCGCCGCAGCCCGCGCCGCUAUGUGCGCUGCUUGAGGAGGAGCAAGCGAUGGCGGAAGCGGCGUCACGCUUCGCCCGGGAGCGCGUGGGGCCGGUGGUCCAGUCGAUGGACGAGGCGGGCAAGAUGGAGGCCGACGUGAUCGACGGGCUCUUUGAGCACGGGCUGAUGGGCAUCGAGAUUGCCGAGGAGCACGGCGGCUGCGGCGCCACCUUCACGGCGGCGUGCCUCGUCGUUGAGGAGCUGGCAAAGGUGGACCCGGCCGUGAGCGUCAUGGUCGACAUCCACAACACCAUCAUCAACAACUGCGUCUCGCGCUGGGCGUCGCCCGAGCUGCAGCGCGAGUGGCUUCCGCGGCUCGCGUCGGACACGCUCGGCUCGUUCUGCCUGUCCGAGGCGGGCUCGGGCUCGGACGCCUUCGCGCUGCGCUGCGCGGCGCGGCGCGACGGCGACGACUACCUCCUCUCCGGAGAGAAGCUCUGGAUCUCAAACUCUGCAGAGGCGGGCGUCUUCCUCGUCAUGGCAAACGCGGCGCCCGAGAAGGGGCACCGCGGCAUCACCUGCUUCGUGGUGCCGCGCGAGGCGGCCGGCCUCCGCGUCGGCCCCAAGGAGGACAAGCUCGGCAUCCGCGCCUCCUCCACCUGCCCCGUCCUGCUGGACGACGUUCGCGUGCCCGCCUCGGCCGUGCUGGGCGAGGUUGGCGCCGGCUACCGCUACGCCAUCGAGAUCCUCAACGAGGGUCGGGUCGGCAUCGGCGCGCAGAUGGUCGGCCUGGCGCAGGGGGCGCUCGACCGCACGCUUCCCUACUUGCACGAGCGGCGCCAGUUCGGUACUCCCCUCAUCGAGUUCCAGGCGGUGGCGCACGAGGUUGCCGACCUGACGGCGGAGCUGCACGCGGCGCGGCUGCUCGUGUACGAUGCGGCGCGGCGGCAGGAGACGGGCACGCCGCUCGUCAAGGAGGCGGCGAUGGCCAAGCUGAUCGCGUCGCGCGUGGCGGAGAAGACUGCCUCCAAGUGCAUCGAGCUGCUCGGCGGCGUCGGUUUCACAAAGGAGUACGGCGUCGAGAAGCUGUACCGCGACGCCAAGAUCGGCGCCAUCUACGAGGGCACCUCCAACAUCCAGCUCAACACCAUCGCAAAGCUCGUCUCGGCCCAGUACAAGUAGGCGCGGGUGGCACGCGCGAUUCUAGCCUCUUCGUAGAACAAGAGCCGGUACGGGUGAGCCGUGGAGGCGUGGUCGGUGCUCUCAGCAGUGUUAUGUGUGUGACGAAACAUCGUACCCGAGUUCGAAA